GACGCGCCGUGGAGCGCUGCGCAUGCGCCAACACCACGCUGACGCGCGCGCCAUCGUGUCAAUUCCGAACAUAAACAAAAUAGUGAACCAUCCACAAACAGUGCCAAAGUAUUUAGUGUGUACAAUCGAGUAUAACAAAACUAGUUAUUUUAUUCAAAGUGAAAGGACCAAGUUGUCCGCGCUGCGUGUUUAUCUGAUUGCAGCUGUACACAACAACUAAAACAACAUGGACUCGUCUGGAGACAAGGCAAUCAGUUGGCCGGAAGAAGAUGUGGUCGAGUCGACAUCGGAUCCGAACCUCACAGUGUCUAUGAUCACGGAAGAGCUGCCUGCCCUCACGGUGACCACGAUAGUGGGCAUGACUGUAGUGAUGCUUUUCGCAAUCCUCGCCGUAUUCCUCCUAGGAGUGCUCAUUGAUUGCAGGCAGCAGAGGCUGCUAGAGAAGAAGAUGGGGGAAGCAAAGCGUAUGAAGUCCAGCAGACGAGUGAACACAACUCCUGAGGAGGACGAUGCAAGCAUAGCUAACAAUAUGGAGGAAUCAGGCAUGAGCGAGCCACCGGCUGAGGUCCUGCGGCAUAUACCUUGACACUGCUAGACUCUUACAAAUGUUUAAUAUAGUUUUCCAUUACACAAAACCUUUUAUGAUUACAAAUAUCGUAUCCACAA